GUUCCGGGGGGAAUGUUUUAACAAACGGACAGGAACGAUGAGGAGGUUUGAUCCGAGCUAAAACUAUGAUUUCAAUUAAAUUAUAAUAUUUUAGAUUAAAUGAAUGGUAAUAUAAAAAUAAAUCAUUUCUAUGUAGGGUAUUAGAAGUUUAAUUCAGAUUGAAUAGUGGGCGUGUAGCCUGCGCAUGCGUCUUCUCGUCAGCAGCUUGUUUUGGACAGAACCCCCCACACAGCGUGUAAACAGGAGUCCAUGUGGGUUCUGUUCUGCACGUGUUCUGGUUGAUGGCUAGUUGUGUGCCUUGUUCACCAGAAAAUGUUACUGACUGCUCGCCACCUGUCCAAAGUGCUGCAGCUCACCCUGGCGGUCAUUAAGCCUGAUGCUAUGGCUCAUCCGUUGAUGAUGGAGAUGCAAGGAUCUGGCGUGGGAACGGCAGGACUCAGAGAAGUUUUACGCCGAGCAUUCAGGUGUGCACACAGCAGGUGCUCGUCCAGAUUUUCUGAAAUGAGCAAAGGCAAGCUGUUCUUUAUCCAUGUGACCAAAAGCCGAUUCUUCUAUCAAAGACUUGUUGAAUUUAUGUCAAGUGGUCCGAUGCGAGCGUACAUUUUAGCCAGAGAAGAUGCGAUCCGUCACUGGAGGGGACUGAUGGGACCGACCAAAGUGUUCAGAGCCAGAUACACCGACCCGACUUCCAUCAGGGCCCAGUUUGGGCUCACUGAUACAAGAAACACAACUCAUGGCUCAGAUUCUCCAGAGUCGGCUCAGAGAGAAAUAAGCUUCUUCUUCCCAGAUUUCCACCAGGCAGACUGGAUGGAGAAAGAAGAGCCGCUAUUCCGAUCGGGAAAGAUUACUUAUGACCAUCAGAACCAGGUCCAUACUCUUUCCGCAGCAACACAACCUUAGAAGGCUCUUGUGUAGCAUUCAAACAAAAUCUCUUAUAAAUUCAUGUUGGACCAUAAAGCUUUAUUUGAUGAAAAAAACACAAAGUAUAAACUGAUUUGUGCAAAAUAACAAGGUGCAGUGAGCCUGAUCGAUCAUUGCUGCCGGUUUCACAUCACUUUCCUGAGUCGUACAGACUGUAAAACAUUUUCCCAACAUAAAUAUUCACAAUAAACAUGAAAAAAUACAAUGAUAGCACUGAACACUAUUUAAUAAAAGCAGCAAGAAGUGUUUUUAAUCACCCUGUCUUUUAUAAAUACUAUUAUGGCACAAUUAAAUUAUUAUUUUUAUGACCAAAUACAUUUUUUUCUCAUGUAAAAACAUACAAUAACACAUUAUAAUUGGCACGUGAUUCAUAUGUAAAUAUGAAGCUGUAGACAAACAUUUCUUUACAAAAAACACAUUCAUUUCACAGUUGUGUUAAGCCUCACUCAGUCCUGCCUUCAUGUGUUUUGAGGAGCCACCUGUUUUAGAGUCUCCACAGGUUUCAUGAUCUCAUAUGUUGUGAGGGACUUCUUCACUUUUCCGUUUUCGUCUACCUGGUGGAUGCUCUGUGUCACGGUAAUGGUCACCUGCUUGGUCGACAUCCGAUUAUCCUGCCAUUUUGUCUAUAAAUGAGGAAAAAAAACAUUUUUAUAGUUUGAGGAUUUUACUUUGAAAAGGGAAAACAUGAAGUGUGAGAGGCUUACGAUUUCCUCUGUGUGGAGAACACUUCUGCGCUGCACUGUGGUUCCCGAUGGCGGUGAAGCUGCCUCCUGCUUCGGGGAGGACAAGAUAGAGGAGGGGCUGCUGGGCGUUGCAUCGUUCAGACUGGCUUCAGACACGGCCGAGCAGACCUUCAGGUACGCCUGAGCAGGAGGAGGGAGGCCAUCUUCAAAAAAGUCUGGAACUGCAAUGAAGACAAAGAUUGCAAACCUGAGAACCUGUUUUUUUGGUGUUUUUAACAUGUAAUUGAGAUAUUUUUCUGAUACUUAUAAAGAAAGUUAAGAUUAAAAUAGCAUUUCUGAGUAUUUCUUUAUUCAAAUCGUUUGUUGUGAAUCAGGAUUGUAUUUGUGACAUUGAAAAUACACUGGGUGGGCCAUAAGCUCCAUCCAUUCGGAUGCAGCCACUUGUAGAUCCAUGUAGUUGCAACAUUGCUCGACAUUUUUGUUGCACCGGUAAAGUUAGGUUGACAGUGUAUGGAGCUGUAAGCUAGCAUUUAAAGAGAGCUCAAUUAUGAGCGAUGGGAAGGGGGGGGGAGGUAGCUUUGUACCAACAGUUCCACCCACAACUCAAAGGUGAAUUCUUAAUUAAUUUCUGCUGUUCUGAAGAAACUAUGUACUAGAAAACGACACGUUUUUUGAAAUAUUUUGGAUAAAAACAGCAUUUACAUAAUAAAAAUUAAAAUUAAAAACAUUAAAAAAAAGCCAGACAGUAGAGAACAGUUUUAAGAAAACACAGUUCGAUCUAUGCUAUUCCUAAAAAAAAAAAAA